AAUAUAUAAGAACGAGGUACGUGAAUGAAGAAAAAUAUCAGUCCACUAAAAGUUCUUAGUAUAUUACGUUUAUAAUUGGGUACCUACGUCAAAAACGUAAUUUUCUCGCCGCGAUUUUUCAAAAUACUUUAAGCAAAAAGCAACAUGGCCGAUUUUAGAAAUUUGAUGCCCUUGGCUACGAUAAUGAUGAUAACAAUAAAGGUAAGAAAUAUAUUUAUUCGAAAUUAAUUUUUUUAUUUUAAAACGCUUAAUACCUAUGAUAUGGGUUAAUUUGAAUUGAAAUUUUAUAAAAAAAAAAAAAAAAAAAAAAAUAAGAAAAAAACAGAAAAAUAUUUAAUUGAUUCACGGUUUAAAGCAUUUUUAUAUUUUUCAGCUCUGUAAUGCUGGUGUAUAUUCAAUUUCUUCAUCUAAACCAGCCGAUAAACAUACUCGUCCGCAAUAUUUGUUACUGAACAACCAGAAUACUUCAGCCGGGUUCUCUGUGCACCAGAGUCCCUUACCGUAUUCAGUUUCAUCAUCGUCAACGAAUAUAAUUCUAAACGUUACCGCCGAUGCUGCCUCGUCUCAUUGGUCCAAUUCGACUUCCGGUUCGGUCCCGUCCUAUGAAUCCACCACAUUACGUCUACCCGCUAACGUGACAUUCGAACUCAAUUCUACACUCGAUCCUUCAGCACCAUCAUUAUCGAAUUCUGCUCCAUCCGCGUUGCCUUCUACUUCCACAGCGCCACCUUUAUUAGACUCGAAUAAUUCCGCCUAUUCGCCGUUCAAUCAACCGACUUCGGUACAUAUACCGAGAUCGACUCCUACUCUGUUACCGCCGUUUAAACCGAGCUCGAGAAUGGCUUCGUCGAAUCGUUCUUCUGUACCUACCCCUUUGCGUUUAUCUUUUUCAAUUCCGACCGGUGAUCAGUCUACUUCGGUGCCUCUAAUGAGUUUACUGUCGUCUUUAAAACCCACAAACUCGACGCCGGAAUCGGCUUCGUAUUCGGUAUCUUAUCAGGCCAAUCAAGCUAUAUUAACAGAACUUUUAUUAGAACUCCUAUCCGAAAUAGAUUCUCCGCAAGAAUGACGACCAUAUUUUAUUUACUAGUGAAUUUCAAUUUCACGCCAGUUCCCGAAUUCGUCACCCACUCGCAUAAACGUUCUCGAAUUUAUUAAAUAGAUCCUAGCUAUAUUUUUUUUAAUAAAAACCGAUUUUUAAUACCGAGCUCGGUUCCAUUUUUAUCGUGGUGUUGAAAUCAAGUCUGCCUAUUAUGUAAGUAAUAAUU